GAUGGCUAUAUUCCAGAGGCUUGGCUGCCGCUCAAAUGGUGUCUUGAUGUGCUCAGGAAAGCCCAGAAGAUGAACUAUCUUAUGGAUGGGCACAGCUUUAUGGAACUCGUCAGAGUUAUCAACGAAUUCCGCGGUUCUUUGGGGGCCAUCUCGACAGAAAAUCGGUUUAAUAUUCCCCUCGUCUACACUCAGGUAUGCAAUAGCGAAAUACUAGUUUUUUACCAAAUGCAGUAG